AUGACAGAACAAGACUCCCACUCGCUUCACUCCCACCUCUCCACCGAAGCAACCCUCGGCAUCAUCUUCGGCAUCCUCACGAUCGUGGCUACCAUCGCCAGUAUCCGAUGCAAAGAUUCCAUCUGCUCUCACAUCGCGCGCUUUUAUUGCCGGUCGCGUCGGCGGAGAGCUGGUGCGUGUGACCUAGAAAAUGCGGCUACGGUAACGCAACGAUCGGAAUGUAUCGUGCCGUGUCGUGAUACGCUGGAGUUGCGGUACUGGCCAUCGCCGUAUGAGGCUAGCCAGAUGGAGAUGAGGGAGUGGGAUCGAGUGAGGAGGAGCGGGAGUGUGGAAGAGGAGAGGGGGCUGGAGAGAGGGUGA